GAAGAAGCAACCAUGAGAGGAGAAUAAUGUUCAAUUACACCCAACACUCGCAUGUGCGAGUUUCAACAAGACAAUGUUGUUAUAAAGGUUGUUGCCGCCAAACUAAUCGGCGGGUAAUGUACAAUGACAACUCCAAAUCAUGCAGCAAGCGAUUGCCCAUUACUCGUUGGGCCUCUCAAGCCAAACUUAUAUUCCUACAAAUCAAGUCUCGAAACCCCGAGACUGGUACUGGUGUUGAGGCCCAGUAUGUCUGGUGGGCCUAGCUGCCGCUUAGAGUCUUUUGAGACAAGUUCACAGGAAACCUGCUGCUUGCUUCAUGAAGACGCCGAAGAAGCUUUCCCAUCACCAGCGUCAUUCUUCCAGUACAACCCCAGAACAUGACAAUCUGUCUACUCGUUUCUGCGGGCCACAACCUCAUCCUUUUCUUCCUCAAACUCCCGCUCAAUCUCCUCCUCCUCUGUUGGCUUUGAACUCUUGACAUCCCGGGUAGGAAUGUCACCACCGCUCAUUUGCCAUUCCAUGAGCUUGUUGAAUGCGCCCUCAGGGUUGGAGCUAAGCUGCUCAUAAGUGCCCUCUUCGGCGACCCUGCCAUCUGAAUCAAUGCAGAUAAUACGGUCGGAACGCUUGAUAGUAGAGAGACGAUGAGCAAUGCUGAUGGUGGUGUUGUUCUCUUGGAGAAGCUUGCUCAGUGCCUGGUUGACAAGCGUCUCUGACUCGGCGUCCAGGGCACUUGUUGCUUCGUCGAGGAUCAAAAUGUCGGGCUUCUUGAUCAAAGCCCGUGCAAUUGCUAUGCGCUGUUUCUGGCCUCCCGAAAGCUGUGUGCCCCGGGCGCCGACAUG